AUGGCGGCGCAUAUUCCUACCUUCAACUUCAACCCUUUAGCCCCCGUCACGCCUCCUCCCGAGCAUCUCUCAUUCCGAAAACCUGCCAUCCCGCUGUCUGCUCAACUGAAACGCAAGGCCGCCGAGGCCAAUCUCGACGACCAUAAUGUCCCGAUGAAGAGAGAAUCGCCAGUGCCAAACUCUCUGCCCACAGCCCAGGCCCUCAAUCAAGCACAAACACAAGCACAAGUACAGGCGGCGACAUCGAUUCCGACCCCGAGCCCUGACCCGAGCCAGCCGCCGAUGGACCCGAGAUACGUGGCCAUGGUCUCACGCAUUGCCGCUUACUAUCAACAACGGUGCCAGGCCAUCUCCAACGCACAGCAGCAAAGAUGCCAGGCUUGGGCCAACAUGCACAGGCAGAAGUGCCAGGAGAUGAUGCAGGCAGCCAUGUUGGUGGUGGCCUGGUACAUUCGCGACCGGAUCCAGCGGAGACGCCGGAGGCAAAAGCGGCAAUUCCGGUCGGGGUUAAGAGCACAGAGCGGCCGGUCCCGAGUCGCUAAGGGCGAAGGCGUCCGGAGGUGGGUCAUGGGCGUCCCCGAGGGUCUGCCAUCGCCGCACAUUCCGGCGCUGGACGACCUCGCUGACCAAGAGGAGGCCCACUUCUCCAUGGAUAAGGAGCCCCCGCCAGACAAGGACGCCAAAUUGUUUGAGAUGGCCGACGGCAUGAUCAGGAGUCAGUAUCGCAAGAUCGAGGUCCCCAUCCUCGGCGUGCUCGGCUUCGAGGAAAGUGAGAGCGAGAGUGAGAGUGAGGCCGACGACGACUUUGACCAGCCUCUCGAUGACGAGCUCGAAGAGGGCGAGAUGGACUACGAUGAUGACGACGAUGACCUGUACGAGGAUGAGGAAGAUGGCUCCGAGCUUGUCCACAAGGGUACAGGCACCGGUACUGGAAGCCGGGCCAAGGACUCCGGGUUGUCAUCUUGA